AUGAAAGGAAAAAAACCUAUAACGUAUAAUGACAAAUUAUAUGGAAAUAAUUAUCAAAUUAUGAAAAUUAAGAAAAAAAAAGUUAUCCCAAAUAACAAUAAACCUCGUAAAAAUAAAUUAGAAUGUCGAAAAUGUGAACACCAAGAUGAAUCAUUUCAUUAUAUUUCGGAUAGACUUGAAAGAAUUGAAAAAAUGAUCAAUGAAUAUAGUGAUAAUAUCGAUAAAUUC